AUGGGAAUUCCCGGUUUUAAUGAUUUUGUUAAUCAAUUCGGUGUAGUCGUUGAUAUUACAACAUUACGUGGAAAAACAAUAGCAAUAGAUGGUCAUAUCUGGCUGUUCGAGACUGUACGGGGUCCUCAAUCAAACGGGAAAACUUACACGACGACGUUUUUCAAAAGAAUUCUAACCCUACAAAAGCUUGAAAUUGAGCCUAUCGUGAUUUUCGAUGCCCUGACAGCCGAAUUCCCACCACCAGCUAUUCCUAAUAAGUGCAUCAAAAGAACGAAGCGAGCUGGAGGGAAAGUCUGGAAUGUGCACACGUUCUCGAAUUUGAGCGCAAAAAUUGGAGCCGUCACGAAUCUUCUCAAAGCGAUGGGUGUUCGGGUGAUCAACGCAAAAGAAGACGGUGAAGCGCAAUGUGCUCAAUUGGAACAAGCGGGUCUAGUGCAAGGCUGCGUCACGCUCGAUUACGACUAUUUUCUUUAUGGUGGCGAAAAUUUGUAUAAAAUUGACUUCGCAAAAGCUCUGCCGGUGGUGACGCAUUUUGCAUUCAGCCGUGUCUGUGCAGCUGGCCAAGGCGCGAAUAUCAAAAUUCUCACGCGAAAUCGACUAAUCGCUAUGGCCAUAUUGGUUGGAAAUGACUACUAUGAGCGAGGAAUUGAAAAAAUCGGAUUCAUUAGUGCUCUUGAAAUCAUCUCCGAAUUUUCCAUGCAUCCAGAUGAUCACCCUAGCACGAUUCUCGAUCGCUUUAGGAGUUACUCAACGAGGGAAAUCCCGGAGCGAAAAAAUGACACGGAUGUCAAGGUAAAAUUGAGGACGAAAUUCUUUGUCGAUGCAUUUCCGGAUGGUUUCCCGAAUUCGGAUGGCUUUCUUGCUUGUUCAAACAUAUUUUUACUUCCCGAUGUUCUUUUAUAUGAUGGCAAAGAUUUUCCGUUACCUGAUCGACCCAACUUUGACAAGCCACGAUUACAUGAGCUGAUAGUUCAAGAGGGCGGAUGGGUAGCGUCUCGUUUUGAAAAAGAACUCUCCAUGACUAUUCCAAAGCAAAAAGAAGGAAUUCAGUCGAAGAUCACGCGCUUUUACCCGGGACGUCGAUCUGGCUCAAGGAGUGCAAACAAUAAAGCGCAUGUGAAUGGCAAUGGUGCACCGGUUGAAGAAGAUGAGGAUGAAAUUGUUGCCUGCUCAUCGAAAGAAUGGUCUCAUCGUCAAUGGGUGGCUGUGGAUCGUUUACGAAAAAGUUGGCUCGAGUACAGCGAUCUGUCGGUAGCUCAACAAAACGAUUUGCUCAAAUCAAUCGAAUCAGAGCCAUCUUCCAUUCGGAAACGCGCGAUUGCUCCAGAAACCGCAGGAUCUGAAGUCGGGAAGAAAAAGCCCAAUGUUCGAGUGUUGAUGCCAACAAAAAAUACCGAUGAUACAAUGAACUCGGGUGUUUCUGGUGAUAAACCAAUUCUUUUUCAUGAAACAAACAAGAGGAAAAGGGGUUUUCCUCGAAACACAAUCUCACUAUCAAAUGAUAAAAACCGUGCUACAGCAGCGACUGGUUCCGGUGGAGCAACCGCGGGUACAAAUGAGGUGCUGAACAAGAGCGAAUUCGCUAUAGAUACGGUAAAUGUGGACAGUAACUUAUUAUCUCAA